GUCAAUUCUGUAUUCUGUCAUGGCGUUCGGUUCAUGAUAGAUAGCGGUGCGUGUUGGAUGUGUGAAAAAGUUUAUUUGAAAACGAAUAUCAUCACAAAAUUGGUGUUUUGUUCGCUAUUUCUGAGUAUAUGUACCCGUAAAGGAAUAUUACUAUUAUUGGUGAAUAGGUUACUGUAAGAGUAAGUAGAAAAAUGUCACGUUCCGUGCGGGCCGAAACGAGAAAUCGUGUAAAAGAUGACAUCAAGAGAGUCAUGCAAGCUGUGGAAAAAGUUCGCCAUUGGGAGAAAAAGUGGGUGACCAUUGGAGAAACUACUAUGAAAAUUUAUAAAUGGGUCCCUAUAUCCACUAACGAGCAGAAAAAGAAGCAUGCAUUAAAAAGGGAGAAUAAGGAAAAUACUCUGACGCCCAAAAAGAUGCACGAUUCAUCCAACUCAAAUUUCGGCAUGGCAGAGGAUUCCAACACAUGUUUCUCAACAGUGAGUGACUCUCAGGGUCCGACAGAGUUCUCCUCAACACACAUGAAUUUCUCUGAAGACUCCAAUUCGCAGAGCAGUGGCACCACAACUCCAGCCAAGAGAUUAAAAACAGACUGAGUAAGGCUCCGCAAGAGGGACAUCUAAGCCCCGAUGUCUAUCAGUGCGGACCCUAACUUUGUGCGAGCUAAAAAUGUCAUAAAACUUAGACAGUGAUGUGCUGUGAAUAAAUUUAGGCCUGUGUUUACAAAGCACUCUUAUUGCACUUAACAUGUGCUCAGGAAAAUUAUUUACUGUUACUAAAACUUGCCCCAGGAAUCAAAAAAUGUUAUUUGACCAGCCUUCAGUCAUAGUAUGUUUUAAUAUUCAUGAUACACGCCAAUCAAAAUUAUAGUGUUAAAAAAAAAUCUUAAAUGGUCAAUGCUCAAUUCAUUAAUAAUUCAAUAUUUUGUUGGAAAGUAGAGUAGUUGCUGCAGAAUAAGUAAGCUAGGGAGUGGUGGGAAUUUCUUAGGCUAAGUAUUGGCCUCAAUAUUUGAAAUAUUUAAUGUAAAUAUGUUUUCUUAGUAGAUAGAUGUUCAGAAGGUAUGAAAAAUAUUUCUGAUUGUUUUUUAUUUUUUUCUGCAGGCAUUUAAAAAUAGAAUAAACGAAGAAAUAAGUUCAAUUGUAAAUAGAAUGAGUAUUGUGACUUGAAUGAAAAUAUUGAUAACUUGACAAUUUAACAAUAUUGCUGUAUUGUGUAUGUGUUGGUAAUUAGUUGUAACAUAGGAUACAUGCAUUAGAUGGUAGGUACAUUGUGUGUAUGAAUUGUAAUUCAUAUAUAUAAAGUGAAUGAAAAAAUGAAAAGAAAUGCUUUUUUAAGUACUUCCAUUUCUUUUGUCAUUAGGCUAUAAAUGCAAUGGAAUGAGCUUUUUAUAUGCAUUGAAAAAUUAUAAGCACAUGUGGCGAUUUGAUAAUUUAAUUCUUAUUUACGCAGAAUAUGUUUCUUUUUUUGCAUAUUAUAGGCUAUUUCACUAUUUCCUUAAUGCAUUAUAAUAAGAUUGUACAUUGCUUUUUAUACUUUUAAAAGUAGUAAGUACUUACAUAAGUGACAAAACCAAUAAUAUAUUUUAAUUUUGCUUGUAAGGCAUUGUCUAUAGUCUUGUUACUUGUACACGCGGAAAAACGCAAGGACACAACCCUUUCGAACCCCUUCAAUCUUGCAGGACUAGAUGAUGGCUAAAAUUGUAAAUAAUCUUAGUUCUAUGAAUUUUGAAGCAUGAAAAAAUAUUUUUCAAGUGUUUAUCCUGCUUGACAUUCAUACACAUUUGUGAAUUUGUGUUAGCACUCGACACACGUUGAGUUGUUUACAAUUGAAAUGGAAAAAAAUAUGUAUUUUUGUAUGAAUGUCAUGUUUGUUAUGUUUUUGUCAGUUAUCGGGUCCUGUCAGAAAGCUAGUGUUUAUCAUGUAACUCUAUAUAUGCCACCAGAAUUUGAACCGUGUGUGGUAAUAUGAUUUAUGCAAUUUAUAUUCAUGUUGACAUGAGAAUAAAAACUCAUGAUCUUUUUCCGCCUGGACAAGAAACAUCUUUAGUUAUUGAGAAUAAAAAACGAAAAUGGAUUUGAUUUGUAAAUUGUAAUAUUAAUUGUAAUAGACGAUAUAAUGCAAACUAAUAAAUGUGAGACAAAUUCA